AUGAGAGCAGGGCUUAAGGCAUCGGAACUCCUGAGUCUUACGGAGCAGGCAGGCGUGGUGGUACUUAUUGGCCACCAGCGCCGCCACUCCAGGCUUGUGAAGCGGGCUCGUCAUAUGGUGACGGAUGAGAAUUUCGGGCCUCUUCGCGGCGUGAAUAUGGAGUUCUCGCUGCUGAAGCCCGACUCCUACUUCUGCAACGACGACCCGGCCCUGGAGUGGCGAAAGAGGAAGGGCGUUGGCGGCCCCAUCCUGAUCAACACCAUCCACGACUUGGACUUGAUGCGUUUCAUCACGGGCCACGAGAUCACCAAAGUCUUCGCCAUGACCAGCAGCGCAGCACGUGGUGAGGAGGUUGAGGACACCGGGGGCGUUACGGUGACCUUCGACCAUGGCGCUGUAGGCACCCUCUUCUUCACCGACGCCUCCCCAGCGCCAUGGAGCUACGAGUUUACCACCAGGGAGAACAAGAAGUACCCACCGGUGCCUGACAAUGAGACGCGUGACUGCUACCACUUUAUGGGAGCCCAGUGUUCCCUGGGCUUUCCGAGCCUUCACAGCUACGCCUACCGUGCCGCCACGGAGCGUGGCUGGGAUUCCCCAUUGUCGAUGGACCAAUCCUCGGUUGAGAUGGAGGAUCCACUCUUCCUGCAGAUGAAGCAUUUCGUCGGAGUUUGCCGAGGAGAAGAGAUCCCAGUGUGCAGUGGCCGUGAUGCCGUGGAGAGCUUGGCCGUUGUUCUGGCGGUCCAGCGAUCUGCGGAUUGUGGCCGUGCUGUGGCUCCCAGCGAGCUGCUCGCGGAGGUCAAUGAGGAUGCAGUGAGCACCUGUCGCUUGGACAGCUCCAAUCUUCCCAUCUCGAAGGAGCCGGCGUCUUGCUCGGCGCAGACGACGACCGCCAGACCGGGCCUAAGGCUUUGGAGCACGACGGAGACACAGGCUUAG